CCAGUUUGUCGGCCUGGUCCACGAAUCAGAGGCGACGCGUCUUUCGCCGCGACUCGCGCAGGAAGCGCCGCCAUGGCUCUUCCCGCCCGCUGAGACGCCGCUGCUGCCGAAAGGGCUGCUCAGAUGAGCAGUACUGGACCAGCCCAAUGUCAGCUGUUCCAUCUAGCAGUGGAAGAGGGACUGGGAGAUCAACAAACUUUAUUCUAGAAUUGCAAAGUAUGAUGAUUUACCUUGGAAAUAAAGAGAUGGAAAACAGCAAUUACAUUGAUACAACAGCUCUAAUUACGAAGUGGAGAAGGAGAUUGAACUUUGGAACAAAAACAACUGAUCAACAACUACAUCUGAAAAAGUAUGGACUGCACAAACAACCAAAAAGAAAAAUUACAUUGGGCAGGAUGGAAUGGUUUUCCUUAGGAGAUGCUCGCAGGCCCCUACAUGAAUCAGCAAUAUUGGUUGAAGACAUUGUCCACACUCAACUGAUUAAUUUGUUGCAACAAGCCUCUGAAGUUUCUCAGAUGAGAGGUGCUAGAGUAAUCUCUGCAGAAGAUCUUAUUUUUUUGAUGCGCAAAGAUAAGAAAAAACUUCGAAGAUUACUUAAAUACAUGUUUUUCCGAGAUUACAAAUCUAAAGUUGUCAAAGGCAUUGAUGAAGAUGAUCUUCUUGAAGACAAAUUCAGUAGCAGCACUAACAAACGUCAGAAAACUGCUCAAGACUUUCUUAUUUCUAUUGAUCAGACUGGGGAGCUCUUGGCCUUGUUUGAAGAUGAUGAGAUAGAUGAUGUAAAGCAAGAGAGAAUGGAGAGAGCAGAAAGACAAGCACGAGUGAUGGAUUCAGCACAAUAUGCAGAAUUCAGUGAAAGCCGUCAGCUGAGCUUUUCUAAAAAAGCUUCCAAAUUUCGAGACUGGUUGGACUGUAGUAGCAUGGAAAUAAAACCAAAUGCAAGUGCUAUGGAAAUGCUGGCUUAUUUAGCAUAUGAGACAGUAGCACAGUUGGUGGACUUGGCCCUUUUGGUCAAGCAGGAUAUGAUACCGAAAGCUGGUGACCCUUUUAGUCAUGCAAUAUCUGCUACUUUUAUUCAGCAUCACCAUUCUGAGAUGCAUAUUUUAGGGCAGACUGCAAGUAUGAAAAGUAAUCCUGAUUCACCUGAAAAUACUCCACCACCAACACCCACCCUGCCAUCAAUGGGCCUGCAGUACCUUGGGAAAAUUCAGUCUGGGACUAUGGGGAAUGGCAGCACUGGACAAGAUUCUUCCAAAGUCAAACAGCGAAAGAAGAAGAAAAGUACUGCAGCUUGUGCAGAAGCCCAGAGUGAUGCCAUCCAGCCGGCCCACAUCAGAGAGGCCAUUCGGCGCUACGGCCACAAGAUUGGACCCCUUUCCCCUUACACAAGCGCCUACCGCAGAAAUGGGAUGACUUUUCUGGCUUGCUAAUAUGGAUGUGCCUACAGCAACAGGAAAGACAGUGUUAUAUUAAGGAGCUCAUAGUAAUUUCCAGAAACACUGGAGGAGUUCAGUUGAAGGAGAAGAAGUGUGACAAGCACUGAGAUUGAAGUACCUGCACUUUCUGUAUGUCCAAAGGUCUCACCUCCCAUCACUUUCUCAGUGGAAGGUUGAUGAGAAAGACACUUAUGCACUCAGAAGUAACAUGUAAACUAAUAUCCACUGACAUUAAGGGUGCAAGAUACCUUGAUCAGGGAAGUCACUUCUGAUCGUGCUGAUCUUGAAAUGCCAUUUAAACCUAACAAUGGUAAUUUCAUUUUUAAAGAAGAAUGACAUGAUGGGCUUAUGGAGCCAAACUUCAGAAGAUGGUGCCUAUUCUUUCAUCACAAAGACUGAUAUUUUUCUUUAGAUAGUAUGAUUAGGCCUUUGAGAUUCUGCUUCACCCCAGUAAUGUACUUCUAAGGGAGAUAUUCUGCAGACACUUCCCUGCCUUUCUACUAGCCUCUUCUUUCUCUUUGAAAAAUAAACUGGGGAUGUUGGCUAUGAGCAUCAGAACUGCACUGAGAACUCAAGAGUGCCUGAGUUCUUGAUUAUAAAUAGUUCAAGCAUCUACAUAUCCAAAUUAUAUUUAUCCAUAGAAAAUACUUGAAUAUAUUUCUAUUCCAGAUACAGUACAAUAUGCAAUCUUAAGAGUUUGCAAAUGUAUCUUCAAAUUAGCAAGAUUUGCUUUUCAUAUUAUUUCACUAAGGAAUACAGUAUGACCCCCUCAGAUAAUACUUUAUUUACAUUAGCAAGAUUCAUUCAUGUGUAUGCUAUCUGAACUGAUAGUAUGUGAUAUGGUUUGUAACACAUUGCAUUCAAAAGCAAAAAUUCCAUCCACUUUUUUGUGAGUGCUUCCACUUACGCUGCAAUGUCACUCCACAGCUUUUUUAGCACUUUAUUUUCAAAGACCAUUCUGCAAUUAUAUAGGAAGCUAUUUUUGAGCUUUGAGUUGUCCUAUGAAUUGAGCAAAGCAUAACUGAUACAGGAACAAAUCACUUAGCAAUUGCCUAGGAGUUAGAGAUGAUUCUCUGCUGCAUGAGAAAACAAUCCCAAAGCUAGCUACCUAAAGCAUUUUUCAUAUAAAGAAUAUAAAUUUCUACAUAUGCCUAUUUAUUUUUUUACAAGAGUUGCUUCUAGUAUGGCACAAAAGGAAAUCCAGGGAGACAGCUUAAUGGACACUGAAGGCUGCUAAUAAAAAGAUUAAGUCCCUGAGCUGUCAAACUUCUCUUCCUUAAGCACAUGUUUAUGCUUCAAGUCAAACAAUCCAGUGUGGGUAUUAUUUUUUUUAACACAUUUAGUAAAGUUGGGCUACAGCCUGUUCUACAUACCCAGAGUUUGCCAUUAAUAUAUUCAUGCUGAAUUAGGAGAUGCAGCCUUCUAGAUGAUCAGUUUUCAAGAGAGAGAAAGUAGCAAUUGCUAAGUGGAUAAUUACUGAAUUUUCAUGGGUUAGAAGUUGUUAUUGAAUCCUCCCACUGUAAAAGAAGUUUAGUUACCUUAGAAAUGUUUGACACAUUUGCUUCUCCCUUGAUUGAAAAGCUACGAUAUGCAGAAAGGUGCACUUCUUAGUAGUGGUUUAAAAUUGUGAUUAACAUUCUCUGAAUUAUCAUUGUGUUGAAAGAAUGUCAUACGUAGGAUUAUACAAUUUUGCCAACAACAUUUUGACUCAUCAUAUCCUAAAAAACUGGAAGAAAUUUCUAUCAUAGACAUAACUAGUUAGGCCUGGAAGGCUUGGUUAAUGGCAAAUGACAGUUUUGGUUCUCUGUCUUCAAUUAAAAUAAAAGGUCCCUUGCAUCCAUUUCAGCCAUCCAAAGUAACCCAACAUCUCUUACCUGUCAUAUUCCCAGAGAGAAAAAGUAGGAAUCAGUUACUAAUUCCCCAUUUGUGUUUUCAGUAC